UCUCUCUCUCUCUGGCGCCCUCCCUUUUCUGUCUGAACACAUGAAAUUCAGAGGAUCUCCUCCCGAAACGCGAACACAGCAGUCAGAGAAGCGCUCGGCGACACCCCCUCCCCGUACAACAUGGCUACAAUUGUCACCUCCACCAGGUUUACGGAAGAUUACCAGCUUUACGAGGAGCUCGGGAAGGGUGCCUUUUCCGUGGUGCGCAGAUGUGUGAAGAAGUCUACAGGCCAGGAAUAUGCUGCUAAAAUAAUCAACACGAAGAAACUGACAGCCAGAGAUCACCAGAAGCUGGAACGAGAGGCCCGAAUCUGUCGUCUUCUCAAACACCCCAAUAUUGUCCGGCUACAUGACAGUAUUGCAGAAGAAGGUUUUCACUACCUGGUCUUUGACCUUGUGACUGGAGGGGAGCUGUUUGAAGACAUCGUUGCCAGAGAGUAUUACAGUGAGGCUGAUGCGAGCCAGUGCAUCAAUCAGAUCCUCGAGAGUGUCAAUCAUAUUCACCAGCAUGACAUCGUGCACAGAGACCUCAAGCCUGAGAACCUGCUGUUGGCCAGUAAGAUGAAGGGAGCAGCAGUUAAGCUGGCUGAUUUUGGACUGGCGAUUGAGGUACAGGGAGACCAGCAGGCAUGGUUUGGCUUUGCAGGCACUCCUGGCUACUUAUCUCCAGAAGUCCUGAGAAAGGACCCUUAUGGUAAACCUGUGGACAUUUGGGCCUGUGGAGUUAUCCUUUAUAUUCUGCUUGUGGGAUAUCCUCCAUUCUGGGAUGAAGAUCAGCAUAAGCUCUAUCAGCAAAUCAAGGCCGGAGCUUACGAUUUUCCUUCUCCUGAGUGGGACACUGUCACCCCUGAGGCCAAGAACCUCAUCAACCAGAUGCUGACCAUCAACCCAGCCAAGAGGAUCACCGCUGAGCAGGCCCUCAAGCACCCAUGGGUCUGCCAACGUUCUACAGUGGCCUCCAUGAUGCAUCGACAAGAGACUGUGGAGUGUCUGCGCAAGUUCAAUGCACGGAGAAAACUGAAGGGAGCCAUCCUCACCACUAUGUUGGUUUCCAGAAACUUUUCAGUGGGCCGGCAGCAUACCAGCCCUGCUGCUCCCACCACCAGCACUGCCGCGCUUGCACAGGAAGCAUGCAAAAGUUUACUCAACAAAAAAUCAGAUGGCAGUAAGCCUCAGACAAACAACACUAAAAACAGUGUAGUGAGUGCUGUAGUGAGUGCCCUGAAGGAGAGCAACAUGGCCUCCUCCACACCAAUGGAGCCACAGACUACGGUAGUGCACAACCCAGCAGAUGGUACCAAGGGCUCCACGGAGAGCUGCAACACCAAUGAGGAAGAGGAUAUGAAAGGUAGGAAAGUGGAGAGUGCUCAGGGAGCCAGCAGUGACAGUGCGGUGAUGAGUCAGUGCAGUGCCGGGGACGAGCCGCCCGCUCUGGUGGCAUCACCACAGUGCCCACCAGCCACUAUGGUGCAUGACAUAAAACGCAUGGCGUGGAACAGUUCUGGACAUUCCUCGUGCCCCGAGUUAGAGCGUGCUCACUCUGUUCCUCAUGCUCCAGCUCAGGGGGGCAGGAGUGUGGCCACAGCCAAGUCUCGUAAGCAAGAGAUUAUCAAGAUCACUGAGCAGCUAAUCGAGGCUGUGAACAAUGGAGACUUUGAGGCUUACACGAGAAUCUGUGACCCUGGGCUGACUUCAUUUGAACCUGAAGCUCUGGGUAACCUAGUGGAAGGGAUGGAUUUCCACAAGUUUUACUUUGAGAACUUGUUGAGUAAGAACAAUAAGCCAGUGCACACCACUAUCCUGAACCCUCAUGUGCACCUGAUUGGAGAGGAUGCAGCGUGUAUCGCCUACAUCCGCCUGACGCAGUACAUCGACAGUCAGGGCCACCCACGCACCUGCCAGUCUGAGGAGACGCGCGUGUGGCACCGCCGUGAUGCCAAGUGGCUCAAUGUGCACUUCCACUGCUCAGGAGCGCCAGCUGCACCCUUACAGUGAAGCCUGCAGGGCACAGGUUGCCUGGAUUCCUAACGAUGGGAGUGUUUGUUCCUUGUAGCCGGAUGGGCAUGUAGAGGCCGGAUGGACGACAGCAAGUUACAGACACGCUAUUGAAGAAAUCCGAUAACAUCCAGUCCAACUGUCAACACCACCUUACCUGUCCAACCUUUGACCACUAGGAUCCGGCUGCCGCUGUGGCCCCGCCCACGGGACGGUGCAUGCAUAUGAUGCCCACACGGGGGCGCUGUUUAGUCUUUUCCCAUGGAAUCAUCUUUUUUUGCCCAUUAAAGAUGUCCAGAAGGUAUUGUAAGUACUGAUCUAUGAGUUCAUAACUAUACUGUAUAUUGUAUAAAAAAAAAUUGCUAGAAGCUACCAUGGAGUUUGUAAGGCAUUGAUAUGUAAGUAAAAUGCAACUGGGGUGUAAAGGAAAGGGUUGAUACACAAGAUAGAAACCUUUAAUGGCUGAAGUUUAAAUAGGUGUAAUUUAAAUCCUCCAGCUCAUACACUUUGUAGAAUUGGGAUACAAAUUAUUUAGAGAAAUUAAGGAAACAUGUCCACUGAUCAAGAAUGUCCUAAAAUUCUGGAGAGUAUAUAUGUACUUCAUAUCAAGAAGCACCAAAGUGUAGUCUUUAGGCAAUUAAAGGAGUGUUUCUAGGGGUUUUUUUUUUUGGAUUUUUUUUGUUUUUGUUUUGUUUCUCGUGUUUUUAAACUACGGUCUAUGGGAAGGUUUGAGUGGUUCUGGGAUUUAGUAUUCUGUGCUAUUGUGUUUAUGUGGAACUUUAUUUUUUGUCUUUGAUUAUCAGAAAGUAUUUUAUGUUAAGCAAUUCAUUUUUAUGGUUAGUUUUAAAACCUUUUUGAACACGAUACACUUGUAAAGAUCUGCAAAUAUAUAUUUAAACGAGAUCAAGUGAAAUAAGGUUCACCGUCAAGGUGCAGCAAAUGAUUAGACUCUGUUUAAUGUGUGUUUAUGUGCAUGUGUUUGUAUGGACAUGUGAUUAAACACACCACUGAUUAUAUUACUGUAGGUAGGACCACGCCGCCUCUAACUGUGUGCAUUGGAGAGUGUUUGAGAGCCCAUGCGAACAGACGUAGUGCUAUAGAAAUGGCACUAAACGCUAGACGUAGAGCCGCAGUUUCAAUUUCACUUUAAUGGUGGGAAGACACAGCCACGUGGAAAAGGGGAACACACACAUACACACGCUGAUCAAAAACCCAUUCCCGAAUCAGAAUGCACAGCAGGAGCAGUCACACACUGCCUAGCUUAUGGGAAUAUGAUUUUAAGUUUAGCGUGCAAAGAGAAAACUAGGCAAAUCGUGUCAAAAUGGCAUGCAAUGGACAUCCGUAGGUUAGUGGAUGUUUAUACGUGGGUGUGGAUACAACACCUGUCCAGUUCUGUUUCAGACAUGCACACAAUCACACCCUGACUGGACGUUUGUGGCUGUUCUCCUCAUAGUGGUCUGGCAUCACCCUGUCUUACACAACCGUGUUGUACUUGUGUUUCAUGCCGUGAUGGACGACUGAUUUGUGCACUCUCUCUCAAACACACACACACACACACCUGAUAAUCCCUCCAGCAUUUUCUUGGAGUCCAAUGUAUAUGUUUAUGUUUCUAGUACAAAUACAGGGUUUAGGGCACUGGCUGUUAUAAACCAUUGCAGCACAACUGGCCUGUUCUGAUCCUGGUGACAGGCGUUAUUUUAAAAAAAUAAAAUAAAUAUAUAUAUAUAUAUAUAUAUAUAUAUAUCCUUUUCACCACACUCCAGUUCAUGCACUAGCUCUGAGUAGGAUGUUCUUAAGCAGCUGUGUGUUGUACAAGUUUUCUGAAACAAAUCCAUCCCACUCGCUGAUCGUGUAUUUUCUAUAAUGGAAGAGUUCUCAGUCUGUGUAUAUACAUGUAUAGGGCUUUGGUACAUAUCAGCACUGUAACUCUGCACGUGUGAGUGUGUAUGUGUGUGUCACCUUCAUCACAAAGCCCUCUUAGUGACACUUGGUUUUUCUUUGUUUUUUGGGAGAACUGCUUCCACGCUUGGGCAAGUUCAUUUUUAUUUGAAUUAUUAUGAUAUUAUUAUUUUUUUAAACCAGUUGCGAGGUUAUUUUUCUGUACGAUGUCAGUUACUUUAACUCUGUAGAACUGAAAUGAAAAUGGAUUACAAAAAAAAAAAAAUUUAUUGAGGACACUCAAUUAACUGAUAGAUAGACUAGAUAGAUUUCUAGAACAGAGGUCCCUCCUCCUAAAGCUGGGAACAGAACCCUGAGCCAGCACCUUCUGGCUUUCCUAUCCAAUCCAAGGCAAGUCCAAAUAUGCAGCUUAAUGAAUAUGAUGAUUAUGCAUGUUCUCUUUUCUUGGUGAAUCUUUUUCUCCGCUGUGUGAUUUUAAAAAUGGGAAAAAAAAAAAAUUUGUUCUUGUUGCAUCUCUGACAUGAAAAUCCCUCCAUCUGGAGAUGAUGAAUAGGUGAUGUUCCAUAUUUAAAAAUCAUUUUUAAAACAAAAAAGUAACAAAAAAAGGAACCAACAACUCAGCUUUGUAUGCUCCCCUCAUUCUGAGUAAAUCUAUUGCAUUGUAAUGGUAUACUAUUGGGCUACGUAUAUGAAUGCUGGAUUUUGCAUGAUCAUACAUUUAAUAAAACCAUGAACUGACACCCACUGAAUGCUUGUCUGAUUGCUCGAUUGGAGUUUUGCAAUUAUUAAAGCUGUAUGUGUCAAAUAAAAAGAUUAUUUCAGCA